GCAGCCCCAUGGACACCCUGAGUCUCAUCAGCCUGCACUGUUCUCAUCUGGUGUCGGGCGCGGCGGCCCCAGCCAGCCCCCCCGAGACUAGGGCAGGGCCCCAAACGACGUCCCCCUGCCUCCUCCCCAUAGACUGCAACGGCAGCGCUUCCAGAGAGGCCGGGGCAGCAGGGCAGGAGGGGCGGAGCUGGGAGCCAGGGGCCGGCGGCCCCAGCCAGCCUGAGCCGGGCUGCAGGAGGAGAAAGCCCCGCAAGCAGCCCGCACCCAGCCGGAGCGCUGAGGCCCGAGACCCCUCUUUCCAGGGGGUGACCCUCUGCAUGCGCCUUUGUCUUUGCCAAGGCAGCUCCGAUGGGUACCAGCUCCUCAUCCGCCCCCAGUACAGCAGUGCAACGUGUGGGAAAAGAAGCCGUAACCCAAAUCCAAGUCACGUCUCUUUAACAAGAGAAUUCUGCAGAGCCAGCAGUUCUGAGGAGGAUCAAGGCUCCCUCUCUGUCCAGAGUGGUAAGUGUUGCGCUUCCUGCCAGACGAGGAAAACUCCCCUGUGGAGGAUUGCUGAGGACGGCACCCCACUCUGCAAUGCUUGUGGCAUCAGGUACAAAAAGUACAGGAUACGCUGCUUCCGCUGCUGGAAUAUCCCGAAGAAAAGUGGCAAACCUUACUCCCGCUGCGUGAACUGUGGAGACAGACUGCGCAUGGCCGCGGCCCAGCAGAGAACCGGGAAAAGAAAAUGCGACGACUUCCUUAAAUCUCAAGCAAGGGCUCUUUGCAGUUAGCCGGAGAGCGGCUCUGGUACCUGCUGGAGUGAGCAGGGGCCCAGCGCUGCCCUGCGGGCUGAGCGGAGGGAUGCGAGAAGCGUUGGCUCAGUCCAGUUGCCUUUAGGACCAGUCGUUGCUUUUCCUCCUCCCUCUCGUGCUGUUGUGUUCUGUAAAAUGAACGUCCGCUCCUGCCUUUGCUUUGCGCAGCAACUUGGGAAAAUGAACCCAGGUUUUUGCACAGGCGAAGUUGUUACCGAGCUUGAAUGAGGGGUGGGAAAAUAAGAGUUUGAAUC